AUGAUGAACACUGAGUACCAGUACUCCAAUACUGGUAUUGGAGCUGCCGCUGCAAUAGAGUUUAUCAAAGAAAAAGGAAACGUUGUUAUAGUUGGAAGAAACGAGCAUAAACUAAAUGAUACCUUAGACAGAUGCACGAAAUUCGGAAAAAUUCCUUUUGUAGUCAUAGCAGAUAUAAGCAAAGAUGAAGAAGCAAAACGCGUUGUUGAAGAAACUAUUGGAAAAUUUGGUAUAUCGGAUGUACUAGUUAACAAUGCUGGAUUUGUUAAAUAUGGUACUAUUUUAUCUGAAACCAAAAUGUCCACAAAGAACAAUCUUCGUGCAAAAUCUUUAGCAGCCCAAUACUUGAUAAAAGUUAAAGGAACUAUAAUUAAUAUAUCAAGUGUUGCCGGCAAAUUUGUUCCCAAAUAUGUGUCUGGUUCAAUGUAAAACGUAUCUUCAGCACCAAUGGAUCAUU